UUAGCUUUUUCUGCAAACCGACGAAUAUGGCAGAUAUUGUCCAGGAUAUUAUUGAACCCAUCGAGGCUGAGACAGAGGGAACAUCUCAGGAUGGCACGAAUGGCCUGAAAAUAGAGCCAGAAGAAGAUGAGGUUCUUGGUGAAGAUGCCCCUGCAGAAGAAGAGGACCUAGGCCUGGGUGAUGACGAGGUCCUUGGAGAUGAGGUCCUUGGUGAUGAUGAUACCCCUCUAGAUGGCGACCCUAUCGAUGACACCCCUAUCGAUGAUGCCGAAACCCUUGCAGAUGACCCUACUGAUGCCCCUGAAACCGCCCCAACCCAAAAUACCAAGUCUGAGCUCAAAGAAAAGGUGUCUGGAGGAGGUCGCAAAGGGAACCGCUUCCACCCCUACAAAGAGAAGCAGGUCACCGGGGACAAGAAGGGCGGAGGAGGGGGUCACAGGAACCGCGUGUUCAUUAGCAACAUCCCCUAUGACACGAAGUGGCAGGCUAUUAAAGAUCUGAUGAGAGAGAAAGUUGGUGAGGUUACAUACGUGGAGCUCUUUAAGGAUGCUGAAGGAAAGUCAAGGGGAUGUGGUGUUGUGGAGUUCAAAGAUGAGGAGUUUGUGAAGAAGGCCAUAGAAGUCAUGAACAAAUAUGAUCUGAAUGGAAGACCCCUCAAUAUCAUGGCGGAUCCUGAUGGGGAGCGUGCUCGACGCGUGCUGCAGCGUACAGGGGGGAUGUACCCUGGAGGGGGAGGCAGGGGGCAGGAGGGGGGACCGGGCGGUGUAGGUGUACCCCCUUCCAUCGCUAACAACCCCAACGUCCCCCAUGAGGUCAUCAGCUCCCUACGGGUCGGACGCCUAGGGACCACUGUGUUCGUAGCCAACCUGGACUUCAAGGUGGGCUGGAAGAAGCUGAAGGAGGUGUUUGGUAUGGCAGGAACAGUGAAGAGGGCUGACGUGAAGGAGGAUAAGGAUGGGAAGAGCAGAGGGAUGGGGACUGUUACCUUCGAACAGGCCCUGGAAGCUGUACAGGCUAUCUCCAUGUUCAACGGCCAAAUGCUGUUUGACAGACAGAUGCAUGUUAAGAUGGAUGACAAGUCUAUGCCAGCUGAUGAUUUCCACCCGGUGGAGAAAGCUCCUCAGUUACCACGGGGUCUGGGAGGGAUUGGGAUGGGCCUGGGACCAGGAGGACAACCUAUCAAUGCCAACCGGCUGAGUGGUGGAGGAGGAAUGGGCAACAUGGGCCCUGCAGGUUAGUACUGACCCCUAACCUCGCCAUAAUACUCCAGCAAACACACUGUUACUAUUUAAACCACACACAGAGACUGCAGGUCAGGAGGAGCCAGUCGGUUCAUACAUACGAUAGUUAUUGGUUGUGAAAAGUAGCUGUUUGUUUUAAACCCUCUGAUGCCUGUUGUUCCUGUACCUUCUCCAAGCACUUACAUCACAUACUGACGCCCCUCUCGACCACUGACGCCCCCUCUCGACCACUGACGCCCCCUCUCGACCACUGACGCCCCCUCUCGACCACUGACGCCCCCUCUCGACCACUGACGCCCCCUCUCGACCACUGACGCCCCCUCUCGACCACUGACGCCCCCUCUCGACCACUGACGCCCCCUCUCGACCACUGACGCCCCCUCUCGACCACUGACGCCCCCUCUCGACCACUGACGCCCC